AUGGCCCGGGUGCCCAGCUGCAUGCAUCACUAUCCAGCACCCUCUCUGAUAACCCCCCCGAGACCGUCGGCUCGAGAGAAAAGCUUCCAGAGCAUCGAUUCCACAGUUCCACCCUCUACUCUCGAUAGCAGCUCCCAGCGCAUAAUCAAAGGGGGCAAGGAGAUUGUCAUCAGCUCCGAUGGCGAAGACACUGACUCGAUCUCCGAUCUUGACGAUCCAUCUACCCUCUUUUCUUCGACCCCAAAGCCGGAGUCAAAGAAAGGGCCCACGGUGUCAAAGCCUACCCGCUCAGGAAAAUCACAUCUCGCCCAUCUGACGGCACAGAAGAGAUACAAGAAUAACCUUGAUGAUAUUGUUCUUGAUGCGGUGGAUGACAAUGAGAUCGAGGCAAAAGUCGCCGAAGUAAAGGCAAGCCUUGCCCGAUCCAAUGGCGAACGAGCCGCGUCCAAGCACGCAAGAGACAGCACUGCCAUCAGCGAGGGCAUGUUAGCUUCCGCAUUAGGCGAUACCCAGGAUGAAGAUGGACCUGGACUGCAACGUCUUUUGAAUGCUGUUCGGAGAACUGAAGCCCUCGACCAAGGCCGAGUCUGGAGAUUCUUUGACCAAGUUCCGACGACACCCGCCAGACUAGAGUUUCCUAAAGAUCAUUUCCCGCCUGGAUCCAACUUGGCAGCGCUUAGAGAGCCUGAACCUCGUGUCCGAAUGAUCCAAUCGGGCAUUCUCGAAUGGGCUUCUUCGCUGGCACAUUUACCCAACGAGUUCAUUCUUUGGCUUUUCUGGUCCAUUCCAACCGAACCACGGGAGGAAAUAAGAAAAGCCUUUUGUCGGAUCAUCGUGAACACUCCUCCCAAGUGUAUUCAGUCACAUAUUCACCCCAAUGACAUUGACUCUCUCUUUCGACAACUGGGAGCUAAGCCCCAAGCUUUAGAUCUCUCCAGUGUUGUUGUCGAAGAUCUCGCUGAUCGUAAGACCUGCUUUUCCCCUGAUCCACAAUGGGCUCAUGAAUAUGCUAACUUUCUUCAAUUAGAAUCUCCCUCGGGCUCUCAAUUCAAAGAUCGUCCAAUUUUACUUUCAAUUUUCAGUCUGCUCCAAGAUGCUUCAGAGCUUUCAUCAGGCCACAACUCACCAUAUUCUAGGUUUUCACUUGAUGUUCGUGCGCAUGCGAUUCAUAUUCUGUUGCGAAUUUCUCUAGACAAUUCCCUUACCCAGGACUUCACCAUCCGCGCAAGGCUACAGAGUGCUUUGACCGCUCUGCUUGAAAAUGUUUCUGAAGCGGAGAUAGAUGACAUGGAGCGUCAGCUUGGUAGAGCUCUCUACGACACUGUCAAAGACCCGCAGUUCCAAUGUCGCAUGAUACAACAUAUCCUCCCCACAUCACCUUGGAUCUCGCUUCUACGAUAUCGCCUAGCUGUUUCAUUCCUGCUACAAGAGCCAACACCCCUCACUGGACCUCUUGAAGAAGUUCUUGACCUCAAACGGCUUUCUCAUAUCAUUCGUGACCCACGAUUUCAGAUGAAUAUAAACAACGGAAAAGACGCCGAGUAUGAUUUUGGGGAGCUAAUCGCUCUCACCCAGCUCUUGGAAGUGGCCCUCAACACUACACUGUACGAUCUCAGAUAUAAGGAGAAGAACACCGAAAAAGAGUUCAAUGCCGCUAUUGAUCAGCUGGCAAGCCAACUCAAGACGAAUUUCAGCUCCAUGAAGGAAUCCGGAGCAUCGCAUCUUAAACGAAUGCUGGCCAAGGGAGCAUUAGAGACCUUGCAUUACCGACUUGUCUACUCAGUCCGUUCUAAGCCACCACCGAAGAAAACACCCUUCGAGGCAUAUGCCAAGGAAGGGAAAGGCAUCAAUAGCUACUUCAAUAAAAAGGUCGCAGGAGAUACUGGAGGGACAAACGGAGAUACCACCCAGAUACCAAUAAGGGGACAUGAUCAUACGACAUAG